AUGGGAUCAUAGUGUUGUGUGUAAGAGCGAAGUAUCAAUAGAGCAUCUAUUGCAUCUAAGGCCAUUCAAGAUGAGUUAGAAUAUAUGAAGGAAUUAACCUUUGGUCAGUAAAGAAGACAUAUCUUGUUAUAUGAAGACAAACCUAUAUGUUAUUUCUUGAGUAAAAUUGAGUUAUCUAAUGAAACAAUUACAACUGCUUAUUCUUUGAAUGAAAGAGGAACUAUAAAUGAAUUUGAAUAAUAUGAACAAAUUUAGGGAGAGAUUAUAAAACAAAUACAAGAGAAAUGUGAUUAUAGUAACAAUCAAAAUGAUGAUUGGAUUAUCUUAUGUGAUAAUGUUAAUACCAAAAGUUCGUUGAAAUUAUUUAUUAAAUAAAUUGAAGUUGAUAAUUAAACAAAAGUAAAUGCAACUAGAUGUGAAUUUAUUGUUCCUGGAUAACCUCAAAAUUUUAUUGAUUUUAUGAGCAAUUUUCAAAAAUAAAAAGAAUUAGAUCCUCGUAUUGAUGCUUUUUAUCCUAUUAAAAAGAAUGAGGAAUCUAAAGAAUCAGUUAUAUACUUAAGUUAUAAACCAAUAUUAAUGACUUCUGCAAGAGAAUUCAUUUAUUAUAAAAAAACAAAAGAAAUUGAUACAAAUGUUUUAUAUUUAAUAUUUAUUAAAAUAGGUUUGGUGUGACGUUAGUAAAUCUAUUACAGAUUCUUAAUAUCCAAUUAAGAGUAAAGUGAGAGGUGAAAUUUUAUUGAGUGGUUACAUAAUUCAACCACUUUAAAAUUUAAUAAAUAACGAUUACAUUAAUAAUAGGUAUUUAUUUGUUAAGAAAAUGAAGAUUCAAAGAUAAAAACUUUAAUGAUUAUUCUUAUGUAAGAAUGUACUCUUUAUGUGAUUUUAAAAUGUCUAUUCCUCUUUAUAUGGCUAAAGGACAAAUAAAAUAAGAAAUGAUAAGAUAUAUUGAUUUAGUCUACCAGAAAUUAUAAUGA